UGGGUGUUGAAUGCCUUGCAGAGGGCGUAUAUUCUCGGAAUGACAUUGCCGUCGCAGAUCCAGCAGGAGGACAACGUCCUUGCCGAGCACCGCACCCAAUUGCAGGAGAUUGACGACAUGCUGGCCACGCUGCAGACCAUCGGCAAGCCCAAUACCGACAAUCUCGAUAUCGGCAAAUCCAACACCGACGCCAAUCCAGGCAUCACCGCAGUGAAUGCAGACUCCACCGACAGCAACCACAACGCCGAUACAAUCGCCCAUCUGCAGACCAUCCGCGCAGAUCUGGUCGAGCUCAUCCAGGCCCAGGAAUCGCAUCUGCUGGAGCUCAAGCGGGCGCAUCUGCUGGCCUCGCUCGACAUGGCCGAUCAACAGCCCGACGAUACUGCCCCCGGUCCAGAAGCAGCAUCCUCCCAAACAGCAAUCCAGCCCAACCAGCCAUCAACCCAGUCCCCAGCACCCGCCCCGCCCGACCCACUAUUCUCCUUUGAGACCGGAGCAAAGUGCUGCAUCCCCUUCGAGGUGCCCAAGAUCACCCCGCCAAAGCAUAUCUUCCUCCCGUCGCUCGUGCUCUCAACCGACGACACCCAGGCCAAGGUCCUGGUGCUUACGCCUCCUUCGUCGGGACUGGUGCCUUGCCAGCGCUUCCUCGGCUCAAGGUGCUCAGCUCGGCGGCGCUGCUCCUUCUCCCAUGGCCACUCGGUCCCGCUCGAGCAUCUGCUACCCUAUGAAAUCCUCGAAUUUGACCGUCUUGUGGCUGGCUCCAGAUGUUUGGCCAAAUACGCUCGCACCCAGAUUUACUACCCCGCUCGCAUCGUCCGGGUCGAGCCCAAGGACGGAAGCUUCAUGAUCACCUUUGACGGAUACCCCGACGAAAUGGUCCGCGCCGAGUGCGAGGACUUGGUGCCCUUGACCGGAAUCGACAUUGCUGACGACGAUGUGUUGCAUUACGAGGACGACGGCGCUAUCGCCAACUCGGCUGCUGGCAGCCCGAUCCCCACGAGCGACAACAACAGCAACGACAAUGACAACAGCAACGACAACGACAACGACAGCAACGACGACGACGACGACGACGACAGCGAGCCGUUCAAAGUCUAUCGCUUCAUGAUCGACGAAUCCAAGGUCCUGGGUGCCUGGGAGAACCAUACCCUCGGAAUCGGAUCCAAGCUGUUGGCCAAGAUGGGAUACCAAGAGGGAAUGGGCCUUGGCAAGACGGGCGAAGGCCGGGUCGAGCCCAUCGAAGUCACGGUGUAUCCGCCGGGAUGUGGUCUUGGAUUCCAGCCAAGCGAAGGCGAGCGCCUGCCCAAGAAGCGGUUGUCGAUUCCACAAGAUCCGUCGUCUGAGCCGCCCCGCCCCAAACGAAGCCGCACCGGCGACAGCGGCUCCGACGUCUUUGACUUUCUCAAUCGGUCACUCAACUCCAGCCAACCCUCGUCGUCACUGGCAUCGUCGGUAUCAUCAUCAUCACCACCACCGUCGUCACCCUCAUCCACUCGCCUGCCAUCGUCGCCAGCAUCCUCUCGAGCCCGUGGAUCGCCAUCGCUUGCAUCCACCUCCAACUCACCAUCGGCCGAAUCCAAGGGCAAGGACAAGGGCAAGUCGACUGCCCCCUCCAGCGCCACAAACCUCGAGCUCAUCAAGCUGCAUACUCAGCUCUCGCAGCUCGCGCGGGAGAUCCAAAAGACCAGCGAGUCGCUCCAGCGCAACCGCAAGGACGCGCAGAUGAGUCGCAUCUACGAAGCCAAGCUGCGCGAGCUGGAAAGCGCUCGCUUGCUCGUCGACCAGCGCAUCCGCAAGCUGGAACAGGGUGUGCAGAGCGGCAAGAUGAAGGCCAAGAUGGGUGUGUUUUGAGCACCGGAGGCCUGGGACGCCUCUGACGGGAGUGGCUCGAGCCCGGAGCUGUUCCGAGUACUUGACAAAUAUCUGAUUCCGUGGACUCGCAACAUGUCCCG